AUGGCAGACGAAAGUACCCACCGCCUCAUUCCACAUGUUGUGGCCGAGCAGGUUGCGCGGGACCCAGAUCGCAUUUGGGCUUCAUACGCCAUCAGUAAGGACAUCGCCAAAGACGGGUUCCGCGAUGUCACCAUCCGUCAGCUAUCAAGAGCAGUAGACAGAGUGGCGUGGCACAUCGAGGCCAACAUCGGAAAGAGCACAACAUUCAACACGUUGCUCUACUUUGGCCUCCCCGACAUCAGAUACGCAAUCAACGUCAUCGCCGCCAUGAAGACGGGCCACCAGAUCCUGCUGUGUUCUCACUUCAACAGCCUCAUUUACAACUUGAGUCUCUGCGAGAAGAAGGAUUGUCACUAUGUGAUGCGGAGCGAGGGCGUAGACGCCAUGGUCGAUCCGCUGUUGGCGGCGAGACCGAUGAAGACCUUUCCCGCACCAUCUCUAGACAGCCUUCUCGAUGACAAUGGCGAUGUAGACCCGUACCCUUACACGCGGACCUACGAGGAAGGCAUCGACGAUCCGGCGGCCGUGGGACACACCUCGGGCACGACGGGACUGCCUAAGCCUGUCACCUGGACACAGAGGUCCUUUGUCGUCGUCGAUACCGUCUGGCGCUUCCUCCCAGAUCUCGAUGGCCGACCGUCCUAUCACAAGGUUCUCUCAAAGGGGACGCGCUGCUACCAGACCAUGCCCAUCUUCCACCCCUUUGGCUUCUUCUCAGCCGUUACCGACCCCCUCUUCCGGAAAAAAGUCCUUGUCUUGGGCCCCAACACCCUCGGUCCCAUCCCGCCAUCGACACUUGAACUGAUGUUUGAGCACGGCGACUUUGACUGCUUGGCUGGAGUACCGAUUUACCUAGAAAUGGUGGCAAAAUCGCCCGUGUGCCUCGCCUCCGUCGAAAAGAAACUAAAGUUCAUCUUUUACGCGGGUGGCGCGCUCAGCAAACCCGCCGGCGACGCGCUCUCAGCCCGUACAAAGCUUGACCAGCUCAUCGGGUCCACCGAGGCCGGCGCCGCCCUAGGUCACGAGACGGACCGCGAGGACUGGGACUGGUUCUGCCUCAACGACGAAGAGAGCGGGAUCGUCUGGGAAGCCUGCGAGGUCAAGGGGUCCGGGUCUGAAGGUGAGCCGCAAGAACAGGUUUACGAGAUGACGUUUGUGAGAAACCCCAAGGUGGAGAAGCAGCAGCACGUCUUCUGGCACAGCAACGUCGUCGACGGUGUCUUUCGGAGCAACGACUUGUUUGUGAAGCAUCCCACCAAGGCGCACCAUUGGAAGUUUUACUCGAGGAGGGACGAUAUUGUGGUGACCAAGUUUGGUUGGAAUGUCAAUCCCAUGUUAUUGGAGAGGGAGAUUGCGCAGCAUCCGGCGGUGAAGCAUGUUGUUGUCGGCGGAACGGGGAGGCGGCAUAUUUGUGCUGUCAUUGAUCUUGCCGAUGACGGUCAAGGGAUGUCGGAAGAGGAGAUGUUGGAUAGUAUCUGGCCCUUCGUGCAAAAGGGUAACGAGAUCUUGGAUGCGGCUGGUCAGUUGGCCAAGCAGAGGAUCUUGUUUAGUCGAAAGGCAAAGCCGUUCCCCAUUGCCGGGAAGGGCAAUGUACAGAGGGUGGCGGUUCUCAAGUUGUAUCAGGACGAUAUUGAUGACAUGUAUGCCAGAGUUGGGGAUGGACCUGGAUUGUAG